AUGAGUUCUUCCGAAGUUUCGGACGCUUCACUAAAUGAUAUUGGCAGCGAUGGUGAAAUGUCUACUUACUCUUCAGGUAGCGAGCUGAAUAUGGAUUUGUUAACUCGUGCCGACAAUGGCACCGUUUUUGAUCCCUCUCACAAAAAAAUAAAGGAGGUUCAGAAACUCAUAGCUUUUUGCAGCUUCCCCUCUAACGAAGAAAACAUUCGGUUGUAUUCGUGUCUAAGUGUUGGCGGCUCACAUUCUUUCAACGAUGGUGUAGCGCUAUUUGCCAAAGACGCCGUCCGAGACUGUGUACAGAUCGGUUUUUUUCUUAGUGCGAGUGUUUUGGCCGAGGCACCCAUUCAGUCCGCUUCUUCUGAUUUUACUCCUAUUCAUCGUGUCUCGCUAAUGUUUGAUCGCACUUGCAUUACUUCUUGCUCUUGUACAUGCACUGUGGAGGUGGAGGGUAUUUCACAGCAACAACAGUCGUUAAACCAAAGGAACGAUCUUCAAAAUGACUCCUAUUUGCAUACAACCUCUGUUUCCCUCCCCAAACAGCAAGUGGUUGACAGUGGUGUCUGGUGCGCCCAUGUUGUUGCCACCUGUCUCAAGCGAAUCCGCUCUCCCGGAUCUGUCAUCUAUCGCCCACCCAUCUCAGAAUCACUCUCAAAGCUUAACAAGAACGAGCUGCAACUCUUUGCUCAGCAACUUAUCUGCCAUGUUGGUGCAAGGAAGAUUCUCCCGGCUGCUCAAAGUAUUUUGGAUGACAUUCUUAUGCCACACACUUCACCAGUAAAGGGUUUCGUGGAAGGACAAGAUCCUACAGCCGGCGGUCUAAUAGGAGAGUCAUCCUCUUGGCGUUUUAAUAUUUCGACGUUGGAGGAGAAGCUACGAAAUACUCUGGUUCGCUUUUCCAAAACCAAAUCCCCUUUCCAUGGUGAUCUAUCCUCCAUCAAUUCCUGCCUCUCGCAUCACUUCGAAGAAAUGAUAUGCAUUUUGCGCUCCCUGCGCACAUAUGAGCCCCGUGGAGUUUGGGCUCUCCUUGCAGUCAUUAUUGGAAUGCUCCGCAAGAAGGACUUGAAUGCUCUUCCCAUCCUCCAAAUGUUCACUCGAUGCAUUUUAGAUGUGGAUGAGAUUAUGUUCUGGUGGUAUGUGGUGCAGUUGAAUGUGGACAUGCAAGUAAGACCCUCACAGGUGGGCAAGCGGAAGCAGUCCUGUUAUGGAGCGGCAUGGCUGUGCGAGGCUCUGGUCGAUGUCUGGCGCCUCGUGUGUCUUGAUCCUAAGCUGCGCGAAAAGGGUUCCCCCCGGAAGAGGUUCAUCUCGAAGCUCUCCAAUUGGCAUCAGGCCGCAAUCAUAAAAGCGCAGAGGGGUAUGCGGGUCGCACAAUUCUUCACUUCCGCUGGUUCGACGCUCUUAUUUGGUUCAGCGGAAAAUCUUGGAAGUCUUUUCUCCGAGAACAACCAGAAGUUAUUUGUUGGUUUCAAACCUGCUAUCCAAGCCUGCCAGUAUGCUCCCACUUCCACUCUUCCUCACUUUGACGGAGCUUUUGUCGCCGACUAUUCCACCGGCGUGGAAAUGUGGAAUAGAUCCUUUGAAGCACAGGAAACUACGGGCUGUCAGAGCUAUCCAUCAAUGCGUGGUCAAUUUGGGAUCAACUUUGCCCGUUGUCAGGGACUUGUCAUGCAUGAUGACACAGGCGCAUCUCUGGCUUGGGCUCGUCAUCUGGCCCUUGAGAUGCUUCUUUCAGCGCCAUCCGUUGUGGCUGCAGCGAAGAGUGCAUCUCUGCAGAACCUUGAGACAGCUUCUCAAAUCGAUCCACUGAUCGAAUCUCUUAAACAUACAGAAAGAAUGACAUGUCUCAACUCCUCCACCAGCUCCGCUCGUCGUUAUCGCCGCACUGUUACCACCACUACAAUUAACACUUCGGUCGGUACAUCAUCAGUCAUGACGACAGCGGCGACGCCUAGGCGGGGCGGUGGCGGGGGCAGUAAUCUGAGAAGAACAGCUUCCAACAUUGCUCCACAAAGGUCUUCGGAACUGGAACAGUUAGCCAAACUGUGGUCCGAUUUUUAUGUUUCAGAAGUGGCCGAAUUCAGCAUCACUUUCACGGAAUGGGUGUACUGCGUGGAAUACUUGAUGGACUGUUUGUACAGUUUCCACUACAAUGAGGGCUUGGUGUAUCCUCCCUCAUUAUCCAAUCAACAUCUUACACACCCGUCUAUACAAGGCGGUGAUUCCAGCGUUGGCGUCUACCAUUCACCCUCUUUCACCACCUCUUCGCCUUCUGGAGCUGGAGCCUCCUUCGGUACCACUCCCGAUAGUGCUGCUGAAUGGUUCUCCCUCGACAUGGAGUUAGGAUUCCGUCUGGGUCUAUUGACGCUGGCUUUACCCCGACCUCAGCACACUGUGGCAGCUAUGGAAGUACGUCUCUUUGAUCACGAAGCCUCGCUGCUCUCUCGUCUUUACCGUCUUCCUCUCGAGUUCGCCUGUCCUUGGGUUAUUGAGAGUGUUCGACGAGAGGCACAGCUUCUGGGUGAUGGAGUGAACCGCUUUGGUGAUUGCUCAGCCGCUUAUGUACCAUAUUCUCUGAGUGAGUUCCUCUUCCAAAUGUUGGCCGGUUCGGAUCCACUACCGCCUUCAAACACUCUGCCUCCGCCACCACUUCCACCACCAAUAUCCGGUACGGAGGACGGCGGGGAGGGCGAAAACUCCAGCGGUCGCUCGGCUUAUGCGGUCUCGGAUAAUGCUACCGCGGGUGGAUCGAAUGUGACACCCUCAACUACUCAAACUCCCACUGCAGUUGUUUAUCUUCCGUUGGCUUUACGUAUCCAACAGCAUGGUGGAAACUUUGAUCCAGAUCCGAAUGCCUCCACCUCUCUUAUUCAUGAAACUAGGGAUGACUGUGAGUUGGCCUUUGGUCUAGCUCGACACAUUUUUGGUCAGCGUACUCGCAUCCCGGAGAAAGUUGCGCCCAUGUUUGUAGAGUGCCAGCGCUCACAGAUGCAAUCUUUUGUUCUUCGCAUCCUUCGCUACUACAAGGAUGAUUCUCAUCGCAUCUCAGACUUGAUCGAAAGUCUCUUAGAUCCAAGUCUGAAUAGCACCUUCAAGCCUCCACCCCUCUGGUUCUGCCUCUCCGCUAGUCUUGAAGAGAUGAUGCAUUAUCGCUUCGAAAAUGAGGCGUCUUCAGUAACUAGGAAUGAUGGUAGUUAUUCGGACUCAGCUUUCGCUGAUGCAGAUGUACCUUCAACAGCGGGAGGAGCCACAGAACCAGUAUCAUUGUCAGUUUUAGAAGAGGUUGUGGGAAUCGAUAAACAGAACAACAAUCGUGGUGAUACAGCUAUUCCAAGCCCUGCUUCUCCUCCUCAAGAUACCUCGGCAUCAUUCAGUUGCGUGGAAAAGAAUCACCAGGCAUCUUCUGAGCGAGCUGCCACAUCGACCAGUGAAGAUACCGAUACACUCUCUGACUCAAAAGCUUGGGAUAAGCGCUUACGUUGCGCAACCCUGCGUGAUCCGAGGCGAAUCAACCGUCACUCUGUUGGUAUGGCAGCCGUGGAUAGCAGUGCACCGGAGACCACGAGCAGUGACAACUCGCCCACCACCAGUCGUGGCGCUUUUCGCUUCCGUUUACCCAAAGGGAUGACGCCUGGCGAUACUUUCAUCACCUCAGGGAGCGGUACUUCUGUUGCUAGACGUAGAAAUGGGGGCUCCUCCUCCGAUUGCCUCUCCUCUUCUACUGGAGAGGAUUCGAGGUCUACGGCUGGUGUCUCGUCUUCUAAUGUGGCUGUCAGUUACUCGCGAAGUAUGGUCGGUGACGGCAUGAGGUGUGCGAUCCCACGUCAACGUCCCACUGAAUCCUACGCACAGCACAUUUUUCAAUUGGCCAAGAGCAUCCGCACCGCGGCCGGUGGACCUAACGCCAGUGUAUCUGUCUUCAACCCUGAGGCAGUAACACAUGGACCAACAAACCAAAACCUUCACUUUGCUGCCGUCCAGGUAGGUCUCUACGCUUUGGGACUCGUCAAUCUGCAGCAACCUUCAUGGAAGAGCAGAACAUAUUCGCGUCACGUAGCCUGGAUAAGUCAGCAAAUAUUCGAAAUUGAGCUGCCUGCAGCCUUUAUGCUACUGCAUUCCUGGCGCAAUCACUUUACUACUGAAGAGGUUACAGCCGUAGCCUAUCAGCUCUUCAAAAAGGGAGACCAAAGACUGUCAAAAAUGGCGGGCGAGUUGUGUCUGGCGAGUUUGACAGAUUGCACAACAUUGAAGUCGGAUGCCAUCAAGUGUGCACUUUCUCAGCUCUCCGCUAUGCCAGAGAUGCUUGAACGUGGUCUUUUGUGCAUCGAAGAAGGCGUGAAGUCCACACCCUACGGAGUAAUGUCCGAGCUUCAUUUCCAGUUGGCUAACUACUGGUUUCGACUUUACGAAAUCACCAAAGGCAAACUCCCCACGAGGCCUUCGUCGGUGGAAGUGACAUCUGGAACUCCGGUAGUGUCUACUGUGGAGAACCAGCCUUCCAAUAACGAAAGUGGCGCAUGGCCUGGUAGCUUCCAGGAGUCCGUUCAUCCUUCCAUCCCUGAACUCGUAUACAUCCCCACAACCAAUAUUGAUCCCAUCGCUGCUGCAGUCACAGCUGCCGGUUCGGCGUUUGUUCCAUCUUUUGCACAGCCCUUCUCCCUCCCUUUUUAUCCAGUCUUUCCUGUACAGUCAUCGCAACAGGUGAGUGUCUCCCUCCCACCGAUGCAGCAGUUGACUAUGCAACCUGUGGCUCCCGCUGUCUACGAUUUUUACUCUGGACACUCACAUCUCUACCCAACUGCGACACCGGCUUCUAUUCCACAAGUCACUGCUUCCAUUGCUCAGGAUGAUAUCGAGGAUUAUCUCCGUCGAGCAAUGUUUGCUGAGGAUGCUGUGACGUCAGGGUCUCCCGUCAUUGCUUCUGCGGCAGCAGACGCGGCAAACACCGGUAACGCUCGAGGUCCACCGCUUGGUCCAGAAAACGAGGCAGCCGGACACGAUGUGGCUGAAACACGGGUAGAGACUCCAGCAGUGGUGGAACCUCCCAUUGAUUCGAUUGCGGUCAAAAGUGUGGAAGGAGCAGUCAUCUGGGAGUUGGAAGGGAAAGCACGCCACUUCUUACUUCGAAGCUUCCGUUCAUUUCUAAGUGGAAUUGAAAAACUUUUCCUUUCACAAACGCCUCAGCUGGGUUCCACGCCACUACAAUCACGGGACUGGAGUGGCAAGUUUUGCCACUGGCAACAUCGUCACCAACACCUUGAUGGCGAAAAUGUCUCGACCUUGUUUCAAAACGAAUCUCUGAGUAGCCGCGUUUCGUUGGCCGACACCAGGGGAAACGACUACGCUCCAGGCUCCUCUGAGGAGAACAUUCUUCGCGCCUUGGAGGUGGCAGAGAUGCUAGGUGAUGAGGCUGUAUCCAUCUACUGCAGGCGCAUGAUUAAAUGCAUCCCCUGUCCUCUCAUUAUGUCGGCAAUAACAGUGAAGGUACUCGACAAGUAUUUUCCCAAUCGCCUUUCCUCCUCCACUUCGUCGUCUUCAUCGGUCUACUCGCAGUGCUCACCAAGCAGCGGGUAUCCCUUCUCCUCUUCCGUCGGCCCCUACCAACUGACACAUCAGAGACCUUUGGUUUGGAGCUACUCACAGUGGGAGCCGAAGUAUAUGUUACAGAAGCAACAACAGACGAUCACCGUUCCAGCGGUGGUGGGAGAUGUUGCCAAUGAUGUUGCGCCCAAUACUGUGAACAAAGAACUUCUGGAGCAGAUGGUUAAUAGGAUACACUACUUAUUCCACGUCCAAGUCAAUCUACACCUCCGCAGCAUAGACCGUUCAGAGGAAUGCUGGGGCGAAUUCGUGGACAUGGUAUUGAGUGCUUAUCUAGCCAAUCAACGCAUGCCACCGACGAAUCAGACGCUGACUUGGGAGUGCCUAUUUAGGCGGAUAGAGCAGUACUCGAGAAAUAUGCCUGCUCUACUAGAGCGAGUUGUCGCAUGCAUUGAAACGAUAAAUAUGCGAUUUCCACCUCCCUCCAUUACUGCUGCCUUUGCUGCAGCUACGGGGUUUAACGGUGUUCAUCUCGCCAUUUCAAUACCCUCUAGUGGAGCACCGCCACCUCCACCACCCCAUUCCUCAUCGUGA